AUGGAUCGAAGAGAAGUAUUGAUGGGAAUUUUGAAUAUGCGGCAGGUUGACAAGCAUGAGAAGUAUCUUGCUAUCCCCUCUAUCUCUGGUAGAUCAAAAAGAGCUGUUUUUGAUUCACUUUUGGAUAGAAUUUGGAAGAAACUCCAAGGGUGGAAGGAGAAAUCGUUGUCUAGAGCGGGGAAGGAAAUUCUACUUAAAUCUGUCAUUCAGACUAUCCCGACUUAUCUCAUGGGGGUUUACAAAAUCCCACAUUCAGUUGUUCAGAAAAUUCACUCGGUUAUGGCUCGUUUUUGGUGGGGCAGUUCUGAUGUUCACCGGAAAACACACUGGAAGAAUUGGGAUUCGAUGUGCACUCUCAAGUGCUUUGGCGGAAUGGGGUUCAAGGACCUAAGAGUGUUUAAUGAUGCUUUGUUAGGUAAGCAAGCAUGGCGCUUAAUUCGUGCGCCUACCACUCUUUUUGGCCGUGUUAUGAAAGCCAAAUACUACCCUACUUGUGAUUUCUUGAGUGCCUCUCUUGGGAAUUCGAAUAGUUAUUCUUGGCGGAGUAUCUAG